UCCACCCAGUUGGACGGCUCAUCAGCAUAUACCGGUCUAACCUUUUAUCAGGAGGAAGGCACUAUCAAGGCUAAAUGCUAAUGUCAAAAACAGCGUAAUGAUGCUGAGCAUCAUGGCCUCCGGUCCAGAACACGUAAACUCCAGCCUCAGCCUUCUCAUCAAUACCUCCACCAAUCUGCAUAGAUGACAGGGUUAUGAUGACAGCAGCAUGGCAUAUAAAUAAAGGUAGAUCCAGCCAUUGGUUGGAAGGAAAAAGAAUCGAGACAUCAGUCGAUCAAAUCUGCCAGCAGGAGAGAGAAGUCAGCCUUACACCAUGGGAGCGUUUCAGAUGCGUGUCUUCCUGCUCUGUCUGCUGAUCCUCCAACAGUCUCUGGCCAAGCCAACGAGCAGUGAGUGUUUUGGUGAAGCCCUAUGCUUGCUCUGCUUGAGAGAUUACUACAGCCAGCUGGUCAAUCUACCCAGUGACAUCAACACACGCAGCAUUGCACCCUGGGUUUACCAUAAAAACGAAGACUUAAACCGGGACCCUCAGAUACUCUACGAGGCCAGGUGCCAGGACAGCCACUCUGGCGGGGGCUGCAACAGCGCCUUGGGACUGGAGACCAUCCCUAUCACCAUCAGCAUGCCUGUCCUGAAACGCUCCCCCGGCUCCAGCUACUCUGUAGAACUUGAGAACAUCACCGUAGCUUGCAUAUGUGCAUUGUCCCGCUUAGAGACAGAAUUGAUACAAGGGUGAAGUUCAGACAUCUGGACGUUUGUGUUUUCAGUCAGAGAAGAUGUGAUUCCUGCGAUCAGAGAUAACUACUUUAUCUUCAUCACUGUAGCCAUCAUAAAACUCAGAACAUACCUGCUAAUGACUCAUCUCAGUAAAUAAAGGCAAAU